AUGGACUUCUGUGCUUUCAUGAAAAAAAGUGAUCAAAAGGACCAAAUGUUUUGGGAAGAAGAAGAUGUAAUUAAGGAAGCCUUGGUGGAGCACUUUUUUGUGGUUGGUGUUGUGACAUCUCCUUUGCUAAUGGACAUAUUAUACAAUGGUUGUAAAUCAAUAGAUGCUAACAAUGCUACGGCUAAGUUUGUCAGAAUCAAGGAAAAUAGGUUUGAGUUGGUUGGUGAUGUUCCAUCCCUAUUUAAUAGCGUUGUUGGUAUAGAGUAUAAACCUGUAACGGUAAUCACGUUUACUGAAGAGGAUUAUGAAAGAAAUGUCACAAAGUUGGGUUGCAUGAUUGUGGAAAUAUUUGUUCUUGACUAUCUAUUCAGGAAUAAAAUUGAGGUGAACUUUACUCGAAGUGAAACUGAAAAGAAGUCCAAGAAAAAAGGGAAAAAAAAGGAUAAAUGUGUAGAAGAGAAUAAGCAAAAUGAUGAGUUGAUUGCAGCAGAUUUGGAAAUGGAUAGUGUGAGAGCUUUGCUUAAUUAUUUGUUUAUGAGUGCCCUAAAAAAGCAUGAGUUUAUUGCUACUUCUUUGAAAGAGAAAACUGAUGAAUUCGUUGUGAAACACCAAGCGUUGUAUGUUAAAUGCGCAUUGAAAAAAGCGGUCACUGAAUUGUACGUCGAAAGCACAAGAAACGUGUGCAGCUCUAGAAUAAUAUUUCGUAAUGAAAUUCGGGAUCUUUUGAAAUCCCAUGACAUUGUUGAAGAUUAUAAUGAUGCGUCAAAACUAUAUAUUAAAGAGUUGUUGACACUAAAGCCGAUUUCUGGAUGUAACGUUUCUUCUGUCAUUAAACUUGGAGAGUAUAAAUGGACUUUCAUAGCUCAUUGGUUCAGAACCUCGUUCCGAUUUGAGUUAUUUGCUGACAGAGACAACAUUCCAAGGUUGAAAUUUUAUGCACUGAGCACAGUAGCGAUAAUUCACCCCCGUAACUACCGGCUAACUGAUUGUUCAGAUCGAUUCCACUCAGUUUGUAAGACUCGCCCGCGAUAUGUAUUUCAUCUUGAGCGUGCCUAUGAAAAAGGUUUUCUUCACGCUGAGGGUAAUGUUCAAGUAGAAUUGCAGAUUCAGAUGUUUGGAGAAAAUUUCUUCCCGCCUCUCCUUGUAAAGAAGUAUCGAACUGAGCUUUUUUUGACGCGUAUGCAUAUUGUGCACAAAAUUUUUUCUAGAUUUAUUGAGAACACAAAAGAAAAUUUGAAGAGCCUGAUUCAAGAUAAUGAUAAGUGGUCAAGAUUCUGUGCUUUCAUGAAAAAAAGUGACCAAAAGGACCAAAUGUUUUGGGAAGAAGAUGUAAUUAAGGAAGCCUUGGUGGAGCACUUUUUUCUAGAUGGUGUUGUGACAUCUCCUUUGCUAAUGGACAUAUACAAUGGUUGUAAAUCAAUAGAUGCUAACAAUGCUACGGCUAAGUUUGUCAGAAUCAAGGAAAAUAGGUUUGAGUUGGUUGGUGAUGUUCCAUCCCUAUUUAAUAGCGUUGUUGGUAUAGAGUAUAAACCUAUAAUGGUAAUUACACCUACUGAAGAGGAUUAUGAAAAUUAUGUCACAAAGUUGGGUUGCAUGAUUGUGGAAAUAUUUGUUCUUGACUAUGUAUUCAGGAAUAAAAUUAAGGUGAACUUUACUAAAAGUGAGCUUGAAAAGAAAUCGAACAAAAAAGGAAAGAAAAAGGUGUCGCCUGCAAAUUGAAUCCAUUGCGGCAGAAUUGGAAGAGGAUCCGUCUCUAUGUGGAGUAGUCUAGUGGGUAAGACAGACAAAAAGCCGUAGAUACGGGAAAUUAGGCGAAGCAGUGUGUUUUUCGAAUAGACAGCGGUCGAAUUGUGGAUUUGACUGUAUUUGACGAUCCACAGAAGAUAUGUAAGGGGAAAAGAAAGAAAAAAAAAUUGAUCAUGAGAUCUAUGAAGUAGCUACAUAUGUAGAAAGUAGCACUGAAACAAGAACAUAUUCUUUAGAAGGUUCUCUCAGAUAUAAAGAAAUUCUUGUGUAGGAACGAACCUAACCUAUCAUCCUUACAAACAACAAAUUAAAACAUGAUACGUCGUU